CGUGGAGCGCUGAAUGACCCGAACUUCCUUCUGAGUUUCCACAGCUUACAGAACAGAGAAAAGGCAUGGCCGUCCACCAACAGCCAACCCAUGUGGUGUCAGUGAUGACCACUACUACCCAAGGCCCUGGGACGUGGAGCACCGGCCUCUGCGAUUGCUGCAGUGAUAUGGGCACCUGUUGCUGUGGUCUUUGGUGUUUCCCCUGCAUGCAGUGUCAGACAGCCGCUGACCAUGGCUGGUGCUGCUGUAUGCCACUACUGGACGUCUGUUGUGUGGUGUCAUGCCUACUCCGCUCGUCCAUUAGAGAGCGCCAUGGCAUUCCUGGCUCAUGCUGUGACGACUGCUGCAAGUUGUACUGGUGUUACCCUUGUGUUUGGUGCCAGAUGAAUCGUGAGCUGAAGAUCAGGGGCAACUAUCCAGGCAACAGUGCUGUGGUCACCACACAGGUCAUCAGGGGAUAGCGCUGAGGAUAGGCAUAAGGCAUGUUUGCUGACCAUUAUCCUUAAUGUCAUAGUGCAAAAUGCCUACAACUCCAACUGUGUACUUUUGCAAAACAACAUGACAUCUGCACCAAGUUUUAGCAGUUAGCACUGAGCACCUUCACAUUGUGAAGUAGUGAUGUGUCAUUUGUAUUGCCUACAGUAGAUUUAGCUUCUUCUUUUUUUUUAGAAUAAACUUUGGUGUUCAAAGCCUGAGAAUCGUUGUUAUAGCCAGGCGUUUAGAGUUUAAUGUUAGCAUUUUAAUAUUCUGAUACUGUAGGAUGUUUGGCCAAUAAAAUAUUUUUUAUUUCAGUUAACCAGCUCCAUCUAGCAUCUUUACCACAACAAAAUUCCAUUAUUAUUAUCAUGAUUAUUAGUAUUAUUGUGUCAACAGGCUAAAACUCCAGUAUGAAGUCUUCUUACUGAAGUGAGACACCCUCACUUCUCUCUUUUUUCAUGAUGUGGAAGUUGGCUAAACUUUUGCAGAUACCGUACAUAGAAAGUGAGAUUGUAGCUGUCGGUUACUGAGUCAUUUCCUGGUUAGACUCCUAUCAAUCAUACCACAUAAUCACAAAUUUUGAUUUGAUAUAUGAGAUAUUUGAUCAAAAAUAUGUUUGUCAGUGAUGGUGUACUAUAUUCAUACAUCACUGAUAAUUAGGUGUGAUGAUCCAUAGUUGUUGCAUGAUUAAAUAUUCAAUUCAAUUAUUUAAUUACCACAACUGCUUUUGAGCCAAACAUAAUAAAAGGUAAACGUAUCAGUUAAAGAGUAAUGCAUUGGCACAACACCAGAAAAACCCACAUAGAAAGGGGCAGUUAUACAGUAGUAAUUUAAAAACCAACAUGGUAAAACUCUUGAAAUUCAAUGUGUAGAUAUUUU